AUGGGUGGCAAGGUCUGGAGCGACAGUGAGGAGGAGACCUUCUGGACCGUCCUGGCCAGACAGGCCCCUCCCGGCUUCCACAAGGAGAGCAAGGCGAAGAAGAAAAGUCACCAUGAGCUUGCAAAGUCCUGGGAGCCCCUGAUCGACGUCAUGAAGUUUGAGAUGCUGGAGAAGAAUCCGACCUGGACCGAGGAUGACCUCCCUCGCAGCUACUCAGCCAUUUCAAUCUAUGAGCAUUGGUUCCAGAAUCUUGUGCAGGGCAAGCACUCCCCGAACGCGGGACGCCAUGUCAGAGCCCACCAGGAGUGGCUGAAGAACACGGACGAGGACGAGCCCGAGCCCGGUCAGUCGCUAUCUUGGAUUACCAUUGCGGCUCAUUGCGAUCUUUGGCUCUCGCGUGCGCAGCCUCCACAACCACUCAUGCCCUUCGAGACCUUCCAGGAGUGGUAUAGUCGCUUUUAUGGUGCCCCGAUCGCCCAGCAGUGGCCUGCCCUCCCCGCCACUCCCUCGGAUGAUGAGUAG